GUAGGGAAGGGAACCCCAACAAAAUUAAACAAUAAAAUACCCUCUAAUCCAUGAAACUUUUCCCUUUUCCCGUUAUCCCGCGCAAUUUCUUAUCCACUCUCUUUCCCGAUCAACUUCCCCAAUCUAGGUUUCAAAUUAGAGUCUUCUUUGACUGAUUAUUGAAUACUCCUUCCUUGUAUUUAACCCUAGAGAUAACAAUUGGGUGACUCGACCGGGAUUCCUUCAUGGUAGAUAAGGAUGGUGGCGGCGGCGGCGGAGGAGGAGCCGAUAGUGGUGGUGAGCUCUCGAGAAUGGUUGCGCCGAAGGUGAUGAUGUCUUCUGACCGGAAAGCUUUCGCGUUUGAGCUCCGGCCUGGAGAGACCACGUUUGUUUCGUGGAGGAAGCUUGUUAAAGACGCCAACCGUGCUAAUGGAUCUUCUGAUGUGGCCACUGCAUCUGUGUUGGCUGCUCCUGCUCCUGAGCCUCCUCCUAAUGCUCACCCUAAUCUCCAGUCUCGAAUCAUUCCAGGACAAGUAGCUGAAAAAGACGCCAAAGAUGAAGCACCAGUUCCAAAUCGUUUCAGUGCUGUUAUUGAGAAGAUUGAACGUCUUUACAUGGGUAGAGAUAGCAGUGAUGAGGAAGAACUGGAUGAAACUCCGGAUGAUGAUCAGUAUGAUACAGAAGACUCUUUUAUUGAUGAUGCCGAGCUGGAUGAGUAUUUUGAAGUCGAUAAUUCAGCCAUAAAACAUGAUGGAUUCUUUGUUAAUAGGGGAAAGUUGGAAAGAGUAAAUGAGCCUCCUCCUAUACCUAAUCAGCAGCCAAAGAAAAGACGAAGGAAAGUUGCUUCAAAACCUCCUAGUGAGAGUGACGAUGGUCAUGUUUCAAAUAAACAUGCAAAGGCAGCAAGGGUGGCUGCAGGGAGGUCUGAACCUUCUCUUGGGAAGAACAAUUCUAAUUCUUCUCAGAAUUUGACUGCAUUAAGUGAACAAUAUGGGGAUGUAAAAUCUCAGAAUCAAAUUUCAGUUUCUGGUAUUCCUUCCAAGAAGAAAUCUUCCGAGACAAGACUAGCAUUGGAUUCUUCUGCAUAUUUGAAAGUUCCAAAUGGUGAUAGUUAUGUACCCUUGGAAGAUGUGAAGGUUAUUGAAAAAUCCAAGAUGGGAGUUCUGCAGUCAAAAAAUGUUGUCAGUAACAAUUUGAAAAAUGCAACUGGUUCCUCUGAUGAUUUGCAUCAGAAAUGCCAUGAUAAAAAUCCUUGUACACAAUCCAAAUCUCAACAUGGAAAACGAAUUGGCAAUUCUGAUGAGCUUGAACAAUCAUUUCGACCAAGAGAAAAGAAUGGUAUCCGUGAACAGUCAGAUGCUAAACAUGCUAUGCAUACAGCUAAAUCUUCUCACAUGCCGAAAAAAGAUGGUUCUUCUCUUAGAGCCAAAAGUUCCAUGCUUGAAAAGGCCAUUCGGGAGCUAGAGAAGUUGGUUGCUGAGUCAAGGCCGCCUGCUGUAGAAAAUCAAGAGGCUGAUGCUUCAUCUCAGGGGAUUAAGAGGAGAUUACCUAGACAAAUAAAACUCAAACUUGCUAAAGUUGCUAGAUUAGCACAGGCAAGCCAGGGGAAAGUUUCUGAGGAGUUACUAAAUCGACUCAUGAGCUUCCUUGGUCAUUUAAUACAACUAAGAACACUUAAGAGGAACCUCAAAGUCAUGAUUAGUAUAGGUGUCUCGGCAAAGCAAGAAAAAGACACUAGAUUUCAACAGAUAAAGAAGGAAGUCAUGGAGAUCAUAAAGACAAGAAUUCCUUCUGAGAUGAAGAUAUUGGAGCCUCCACCUGGAACUUCUGAUGAUUUUCAAGAAAUUGGUUCUGAAGAAAGAGGUUAUAAAAGGAAAUUUAGCAUGGAUGCAUCUUUGGAGAGCAAGAUUUGUGACCUUUAUGACAUCUUUGUUGAUGGAUUGGAUGAAGAUGCUGGUCCAAAAAUCCGAAAGCUAUAUGUAGAGCUUGCACAGCUGUGGCCACAUGGUAUGAUGGACAACCAUGAGAUCAAACGUGCAAUUUGUAGGGAAAAGGAAAGACGGAGAGUAAGGUUUACUAGACAAAAGGAACAAGAGAAAAUGAAUAGGAAAAAGAUGUUGGCACCGGGAUUGGAGGAGAGUGUUCGAGUGGAGUCUGCAUCAGGUGCUCAGACACAGCACAUGCGAGAGAGGUCGGCUGCUGAUUCUGCUACUCAUGUUUUACCUUCAACUAACAAGUCGAUUUCAAGCACAACAGCAGCGGCCGUCCAGAUUCCUGAUCCCUCAACAAAUGGUUCCAGUUUUGAUAGACUAAAGCAGGAGAAAUUAAAGGGCAUUUCAAGCAGUGCCAUGGAUGAAAUAAAAGUGGCAGAUAGCUCACUACCAAAGAAAAAGGUGAAAAGGAAGCCUGAGUUGGAGUUAGAUGGAUCUCAUUUCCGUCCAGAGAAGUUAUCUCUGCAGCAGGGUGACGACAGGCACAAGUACAUGAAGCAACCGGUCAAUCUUCCCCCGAAUUCGAGCCUUCCUCCUACUACUUUCAAACAGUCAAGCUAACAUCAUGUCCUUUAUUUUGGGAAUACUCGAGCUAUAACAUCACCUUCUCCAUUUCGGGAUCUGAAGUUCCAAGCAAUCAAGCUAACAUCAUGCAGUCCAUUAGGAAUAGACACCGUUGAAGAAUGCCUGUGAUAUCUUCAUCUUUUGUCCAUUUGACCUGCCGAUUUGUCGCCUUAUAUGCUGCUAUUACCAUUUUUGUAGUUAAAUCUUCAUCACCGGUGAAUCAUUGUACUUUAAUUUUAGACAUCGAUUUAAAAAAGAGUGAUUCUGGUCC